CCUGAGUGACCGACGCCACUUUUAUUUAUCUGUUAUAAAUAAUUAAUAAUUAUAGUAACAAAAAUGUGUUUAAAAUACAUCAAAAUAUUUUUUUCAAUUUUAAUCAUUGUGGCAGCGCAUUCCGAUUCAUGCGAGAAAGAGGAGACUUUUCAAUGUGGUCGACGGCCUAACAAUUUGUAUUCCGACCUCAUCACAAGUGGGGCUGGCACCAAAGCCAGUGACUGGCCGUGGUUUGCGAUGGUUGUGGAGAAAGAUUCGCAGAACAAUAAUAAAAACAUAUACAUAUAUGACGCGAUAAUUAUAUCCUCUAAUGCUUUGCUGACAUGUGGUUACUGUGUUUUUAGAAAUAAAACAAGGAUUCCCCUCACCAGAUUGUCAGUACAAGUUGGAACAAGCAACUAUAACGCUGUCAAUGAGAUUGGAAGGAAAUUUCUACCAGUAGUGAAAGUGCUAACUCACCCCGGUUUUGACAUUGAGAAGUCUAGGGCCACAUCAAACCUCGCCUUACUUUUCGUCAACAAGCUAGUGUUUACAGAACACGUCCAGCCAAUCUGUGUUUGGGGACCAUUGUACGAUAAAACAGAUUUAUAUGGACAGCAAGCUGUGGUCGCGAGUUUUGCCUCAAGUGGCACCUCCACGGACAGGCUACAGCCGUUGUAUAGUGUAGUACAAAGCGACGAAACUUGCGUCGCCUAUGUUCCAGGUCACUCAUCAUGGUUGAAUGAAUUCAACUUCUGCGCUGGAGAUGUUUCGGGCACAAGUCCCGACAGCGCUCGUGGCGGCACCGGCCUGGCUUUGCCCGUAACCCAAGACGACAACCCUGUCACUUGGUUCCUGCACGGGAUUUUCUCCCACUGCGGCGGAGACAGCAAGGGCGAGUGUGAUCUAAAAUCCUUGAAACUUUACACAAACGUCGCGCCUCACUACCCCUGGAUAUACCACAACGUUUUUAAUAAUUGAUCUCGUAAGGUGACUAGUGUCAUUACACAUUUGUAAAUUGUAAAUGUAAAGUUAUGAAUAAUUAGGAUCAAUAAAAUCGCUUUGUAAAUGUAAA